GAGGAGGAAAUCAACCAUCGGACUGAGAAGGAAAAUGAGUUCGUCCUCUUGAAAAAGGAUGUGGACGAAGCUUACAUGAACAAGAUCGAACUGGAAACGCGCUUGGAAUGCCUGACAGAUGAGAUCAACUUCUUGAGGCAGAUGUAUGAUGAGGAACUGCGUGUGAUGCAGUCUCAGAUCAACGACACCUCUGUGGUUCUCUCUAUGGACAACAACCGUAGCUUGGACCUGGAUGGCAUCAUCGCUGAGGUCAAAGCACAGUAUGAAGACAUUGCCUCCAGGAGCCGGGCUGAGGCAGAGAGCAUGUACCAGACCAAGUACGAAGAGCUCCAGACCGCGGCAGGCAGGCAUGGAGAUGACCUGCGCAGCACCAAGAACGAAAUCAACGAUCUCAACAGGGUGAUUUCCCGGAUACAGGCAGAAAUUGAGAGUCUGAAAGGCCAGCGUUCUAACAUGGAAAAUGCCAUUGCUGAGGCUGAGGAGCGUGGGGAGAUGGCGGUCAGGGAUGCUAGUGCCAAACUAGCGGAGUUGGAGACUGCCCUCCAGAAGGCCAAGCAGGACAUGGCUCGCCAGCUGAGGGAGUACCAGGAACUCAUGAAUGUCAAGCUGGCCCUGGACAUCGAGAUCGCCACCUACAGGAAGCUGCUGGAAGGAGAGGAGAGCAGGCUGGAAACAGGGAUGCGGAACCUGAGCAUCCAGACCAAAACAACAGGCUAUUCCGGUAGCCUUUCGAGUGGCUUCAGUAGCUACGGGGGUGGAUACAACUCCUCCUACUCGAGUGGUGGGUACUCCACCAGUUCUUCUCCUCUGGAGAGCUCCAUCACCACCAAGUCAAAGGCCAUCGUUAUCAAGAAGAUCGAGACCCGGGAUGGAAAGCUUGUGUCCGAAUCCGCCGAUGUGCUAUCUAACUGAGCUGUUAUUGCAUACAAUGUGAAGAACCCCUCUUAAGUGCCUUUGUCCAAAGUGCCUCCCCUACUGUAGUCAAGCUGAAAAGCCUCUAGGAGAAAUGGGAUGGAGGCAAGCAGGGAAGGGUGGAGAAACACCUUUCCUCUCUUACCUCUCACCUUUCCUCUCUUUCCUCACCUUUCUCCGAGAUGCCAGAUGUAAUUUACAAGUACAGUCUUUCUGUUUCUGUCCCCUGUCUCUUCUCUACAGAGAAAGCGAUAUGUGCCUUGGUUUUGAUCUGCCCAAAAACUAGGGGUUGACCAAACAUCCAGGAAUGUUAAACAAAACCAAAAACCAAAUCCUCCGCUGGGAUGCCGUUGUGCCUUUAACUGAACUUUGCCUGCUCGUUUCUUUGUCGCAGGCAAAGCUGGUGAGAACUCUUUGUCUGUGAUUAUUCCCAAGAUAGUCCUUUCAAUGUUUCUGAAAUCAUGUUCUAGAUAAACUCUCAAUCUUUGACCCAGGUAGGGAGGGCUGGAAGGAUUUGGUUUUGCUUGACCCUUUAGAGACCCACAUGUAGACCGGAUGAAUGUAGCUAGCUCCCCCAAUUCCCGUAAGCUGUGUGAUAAUGGCUGAUCUCACUCCAAAGGGAACAACAGGUUUACAGACAUGCAGAAAUGGGUACCUUCAUUUGCUGGUGUGAGUCCAGAGCGAAGGGAUCCAGCCAGCCGUGGGCAUAGCUUCUAUGUCCGUGGUGGCGAACCUUUGGCACUCCAGAUGUUAUGGACUACAAUUCCCAUCAGCCCCUGCCAAUUGGCCAUGCUGUCAGGGGCUGAUGGGAAUUGUAGUCCAUAACAUCUGGAGUGCCAAAGGUUCGCCACCACUGUUCUAUGUGAACACAUUUUGAACAAGCAAUUCUUAAAAUGUUCUGUUUUCAGGGGGAGCCAUUUCUACACAGACUGCUCUGCUCAGGAACCCCUUGUAUGCGCAGAGGAUUCUGGGCUACUUUCUCGGCUGUGUGCCUUUGAAACGGGCCUCAUGUUUACCCUGUGUGAACUGAUCGGUGGCAUUAGAUGUGUGGUAUUUCAGAAUUCCCUCCUGCCUGUGCUGCGGUUCUUUGCACUGGGAAAUCAGAGGGAACUUUUUGGUGGACGUGUGUCACUGUUAUAAGUCCGACUAAAGUUCAUGCACCAGAGGUUGAGGGGCUGCAUCUCUCCCAGAUCCCAGCUUCCUCUUGGGUGUAAGAUCACAGUGGGGCUGAACAUCUGACCACCACUGGCUAUGCCCCAGAUGUUACCAUCACUGCUGCUCCAUUGGCAAUCAAGCUUUCUCUUGUUAUAAAGGGGGAGGGGAAUCCAUUUGUUCUUGUCCACCAUUACUCUUUGUGCAAUGGGUGAAGUCAAGCUUACCUGAAGGGUGACUGGCUCUUAUGCACGUUUGCCCAGAAGUAAGUCCUACCAACGUCCAAGCGUAAGGGUGCGGAGGCCUGCAGCCUUGGCAUCUCACUCUUUUUAAUCUCUCCAACACGCAAGGAACAGACAAAUACUGACUCACCCCAAGAGGCAACUGAAAAGUAUCCGCAGUCCAGGACUACAAAUAGCAACAAGUCUAGAUUUCCUAGGUUCGCCACCACGGCCCUAGGUUGAGGAAAGCUGCCCUCUAGGCAACUAGCAGUGGAAGCUUGACAGUUCCCGCUAGGACCGUGGUUCUCAACCAAUGCCGCAACCCUUUAAUACAGUUCCUCAUGUUGUGGUGGCCCCCAACCCUAACAUUUAUCCAUUUUACAGAUGGAGAACACUGAUGCAGAGAGUCUUGAAGGGUCGAUUCUACCGCCCCCAAAGGGGUCCCGACCCACAGGUUGAGAACCACUGCGCUAGGGAGAGGCAUGGGUGAGCUAGCAGUAGAGUUGAUAAAACUGUUCUCAAUGUGUCAUCCCCUCUAGAUGCCCCUGUGAACUAUUCUUACAGCAAAGCUUCAGAACCAUAACUGUGAACAUUUUUUUUUCUUUUUGGCUGCAAGGAUAGGUAAGAGAGCACACAGGGAUCAGAUCCGACAGCACACAGGGUCAAUGCAGUUUACAGUGCAAACUUGAGCAGGUCUACUCAGAAGUAAAACUCACUCUGAACAUGAUGGGACUCGUGCCGUCAAUUGCAGCUUUGAUUCUUGCUUUCUGUUGCAAUUCUCUUAAUGCUGCGCCCCUUAUCUGUUUUGUGUAGUCAAAAGGGAUCGAGCGUUCAGCAGAACUUGUUCCAAGUUUCCACAUCCUGGGUGGGGCCCCAAAUGCGAAACGACCUGUGAAUUUUUUCAAGACCCGUUUUGAUUUAAAGUUGUGCCUCUAAUCUUUCUUUUUGAAAUUGCCUUGGACCCUUUUUUCCCCACUCUUGCCAGGUUAUGGGUAAAAAGAGGAAAAUGUUGGAUCUUGGUGCCAAGGAGCUUUUCAAAAAGCUUUGGAGAAAAUUAAAUGCUUAUCUUUUGAGACACAUUCCAAAAACCCGAUUCUGUGUGCUGGUUUACUCAGAAGCAAGUCCCACUUCAAUCAAAUGGGUUUUACUUCUAUGUAAGAAUGCCCUCGAUUGUAGCCGUCGGGUAUUAUUCUCAGUGUUGGCUUUCCAAGUCCCAAAGCCUCAAUUUCACUGGGACGUAUUCCUGAAUAAAUGGGCACAAGUGAUAAAUGGUCUUAAAACUCUUAGCUUAAGCUUCUCUUUAAAAACAAAAACCGGGAACUGUGGCUUAGUAAACUGACAUGUCUUUUUGUUCUGUGUUCUCAAAUUGUGUCUGUGCAAAGGUUGGCUGUCACGUUCUCCCUCCUGACACCUUGCUCAAUAAAAACUUAUUAAUUACAAAA